CGCAGCGCGCAAGCGAGUGCAGUGCUUGCGUGUGCUAUGUGGGGCAAGAAUAGCGCCAACGUCACGGACACGACCGCCAUAUCGGUGCACGGCACGAACCCGCAGAACCUGGUCGAGAAGAUCCUGCGCUCCAAGAUUUACAACCACGCGUACUGGAAGGAACACUGCUUCGGCCUCACCGCCGAAUCGCUCGUCGACAAGGCGAUGGAGCUCGACACUGUCGGCGGGACCUUCGGCGGGAUCCGCGAGCCGUCGCACUUCAUCCAGCUCACUCUCAAGAUGCUGCAGAUCCAGCCCGAAAAGGAGAUUGUGCUCGAGUUUAUCAAGAAUGAGGACUACAAGUACGUGCGCGCCCUCGGCGCCUUUUACCUCCGCCUCACCGGCCGGCCUGCCGAGGUGUUUCAGUACCUCGAGCCGCUCUACAACGACUACCGCAAGUUGCGCCGCCGCCUCGCGUCGGGCGAGUACUGCCUCGUUCACGUCGACGAGCUGGUCGACGAGCUGCUGCGCGACGAGUAUGUCUUCGACCUCGCUCUGCCGCACUUGCCGAAGCGGCACACGCUGGUCGCCUCCGGCCUGCUCACUGGCCCGCGCCGGUCGGCUCUCGAGGAGGACCUCAACGAGCUGAUUGCUGAGGAGGAGGCGGCCGAGGCGGCGGCGAAGGCGGAGGCAAAGGCGGCGGCAAAGGCGGCGGCCAAGGAGCAAAAAGCGGCGGCCGAGGCGGCAGCGAGGGAGAAAGAGGCGGCCGCGGCGAGCCGGCGGCCUCCGCCGCCGCCGCCGCCUCCGCCGCGCGGGCGCGGCGAGAUGGAGAGGCAUGGCGAGGAGGGGCGGCGAGGGGAGGCGGAGCGGCGCGGCGAGCGGCGCGGCGAGCGGCGUGGCCGCAGCCCCGACCGCGGCGACCGAGGAGGCAGGGGCGGCAGGGGCGGGGGCAGGUCGUAUUCGCGCUCCCCGUCCCCGCGCCGGCGGGGGCGGAGCCGCGGCCGCCGCUCGCCCUCGUCGUCGGCUUCGUCGUACUCCUACAGCUACAGCAGCAGCGGCCGCCGCAGCGGCAGCGGCGAGCGCGGCGGCAGCGGCGAGCGAGGCCGCCGCAGCCCACGCCGCUGAGCUGCCGCUGAGGUGAGGGGGUUCUUGCAUCGGAAGACCCCGCCAUGCGUCCCGGUCUGCCGUGCGUGUGUGGUGUCUGGUGAUAUGGCUCGCGCUCCAGGCGCCUCGCCGCAUCCGCGCGCGCCCUAUCUACAACACUUUCCCCACACAACU